GCUGCUACUUACUACUACUUAACUAAAACUAAACCAAACCUCUCUCUCUCUUUCCUCAACUUUGGAGUUUGCAAUUUGAUGCGCCACUCUCUCAUCUUCUCUUGCACAUCGCAUCUUUUCAAUCUUCAUUUCUGCUGCUCGCCGGAGCAUCUCGGCGUUCUUUCAGACGUCUCUCUCUCUCUUAUCGGUUAAAUCUCUUAUUACGACACCACCGGUGCCGAUUAGUGCUCCUAGAGUGCUCUAGUUGAUGUGAGAUUUGAGGUGAAUUGCAAUGGAUAAUCACUCCUUGCCGAGCACAAGCACCACCACCGGGCUUGUAUUUCCGGCGAAUUACGGUCUAAAUGCGAUAAACGCUGCCUCCGGGUUUCACACGGCUGUGGAUUCUCCGGCUUCGGUGGCUGGAGUCAAACCUGAAGCUGCUUUGUUCAUGGAUUGGUCCGUGGAGGAGCAGUAUGUAUUGGAGAAUGGCCUAGCAAAGUUAAAAGAUGAACCGAAAAUUUCAAAGUAUGUAAAGAUCGCUGCGACUCUACCAGAUAAAACUGUACGGGAUGUAGCAUUGAGGUGUAGAUGGAUGACGCGAAAACGGAGAAAAAGAGAAGAAAAUAGUGCUGGGAAGAACAUUAGCAAUGGAAAGGUGGUGGAUACAUCACCAGAACUGAACAUGCUAGCCAAUGUGCAUCAACGAAAUGCUCCAUAUGUCAUGAACAAUAUGUGCCACAGUAGACACAUACCUUUUGAAGGUUUAAGUGAGGCAGUAAUGGAUCUUCUACAGCAAAACGUCCAGGCUUUUAGUCAAAUUUCUUACAACCUCUCUGCGUGUAAGCUGCAGGAUAACAUGAGUCUCUUUUAUCAGGCAAGACAUAACAUCAGCGCCAUUCUGACUGACAUGAAGGAGAUGCCUGGUAUCAUGAGUCGGAUGCCGCCUCUGCCUGUUUCAGUUAACGAUGGUCUUGCAAGCCGUUUGUUGUCGAGUACAACACAGACGGCGAAAAUGGCGACAAGUCUUCAUCUUCUCCACAGAAAAACAGCAACAAGAACUCAUCUCCAUCGAACCACAAUGGAGAAUCACUUUAACCGAGUUUCUAGAGUCAUACCAAGUUCACCUUUUCACCAUCUUCGUGCUCUCUCUCGACAUUAUCUUAAUGUCCCUCGAACUAUCUUCCUCUCUGCUCUCCUGCACAUCAGUCAAGAAAACCGAAAACAAGGAAGAAUGGUUCCGUUGGGGAGGAACCGCGAUUCUGAGCAUUCUCGCCAUUAAAUCCAUGGCUCUAGCUGUUGCUAUGGGGAAGUCAUUCUUCAGACAACCUGGUUGUGUAAUGGACGGUGUAGUUGCGGUUAUAGCUCUGAUUCUCCAGGUGUUUCUUGACAGGAAAGGGACCGGCUUCAUCGUGGUGGUUAGCUUGUGGCGGGUUUUGAGGGUUGUGGAGACUGCGUUUGAGCUUAGUGAUGAAGCCAUUCAAGUGCAGAUAGAUAUAAUCAUCAGCCAGUUUCAAGCUCUUAGUAAAGAGAAUAGAUCA